ACCGGUUUACUCAGCGUUGCGGCUUCUGCAGCAGGAGAAAAAAAGAGGGGGCAGGAUAAAUGCAUUCGCCCCUCGUCCCGCUUCCUAAAGACGAUCCCCGACAGUAAAGCUUUAGCACCAAUAAACUGAAGCGGGUCAAAUCCGUGCCAGCCCCAGAUGAGGGUUUCAAGCACUCCUUGCGCCUUGCCGGUCGCUUCUCCCUAAUGCCCGUCCCUUGCGCUUCCUGCUGCUGCUGCUGCUGUUGGGAAGCUGCUGGGCUUCCCCGCGCCGAGGGGGCUGCGGCAGGUUCAGAGGCCGGGGGGCGAGCAUGGAUUUCCGAGGGAAGAAGUACGAGCGGGGCAGCAACUGGUCGGACCCCGAGGUGGUGGAGCUGCUGCACUUGUGGGCCGACGAGUCGGUGCAGGCGGAGCUGGAGAGCUGCCUUCGGAACCAGCACGUCUUCAACCGGAUCGCCGAGGUGCUGCGGGAGAAGGGCAUCCACCGCACGGGCGACCAGUGCCGGGAGAAGAUCAAGAAGAUGAAGCUGGAGUACCGCCGCAUCAAGGAGAACAACAAGGCCCCUCGAGGGGGCAGGACUUGGAAGUUUUACGACGUGAUGGAUCGGGUCCUGGCCAGCCGGCCGUCCCUCGCCUACAGCGCCGCCGCCGCCAACAGCAGCAGCAGUGGCGCCUUGCUGAUGGCGCAACAAGUGGAAAGCUACCGUCCCCACUUGGCACCCUCGUCGGCUCUGCCCUUCCCGCCUCCUCAGCCCCCGGAGCUGAUGGAGAUCAAAUGCGAGGAGGUGGAUUCCGAGGUGGAGCAGUGCUUGACGCCGGAGCCUCCGCCUUCUCUCACUUACCAGCCGGGGGGCUCCCCCGAGGAGGAGAGGGCCUUUUUGGACGACUCGCCCCUCUCCAGGCUGGAGAUGCCCAUCGAAACCAGUGUCUCGCCCUCAGGUUUCAGUGAACCCAACAUGGCUUCGUCAUCCCGGAUCCAAAGUCUGGGGCCACGGCCUGGCUUUUCCACCCUGCACCGCCUGCGGAAGAAGCGGAAAGCCCAGCGGCUGAAGGAUCCCCUGGACGCUCUCUUGCUGAAGACCCUGGCGGCGCAGCGAGACAUGGAGGAACGCUUUUUGCAGAUGGAGGAACGGCGGCUCCAACGGGACCUGGAGGCGGAGGAGCGGCGGAUACAGCUGGAGCAGCGACGCUUUGAACUGGAACGGGACCACGAAUUCCGCAUGUUCAACGUCUUUGCCCAGAUGCUCAGCAUCCUAAAACAAAGCAAUAACAGCUCCUUUGCAAGCGGGCUGCCCCAGGGCAUGGACCUUAGCCAAGCAUUUUCCGAUAGCACUGGGGCAGGCGAAGGGGCACAGCAGGAAGUGAGGACCACACAGCUGGUGCGGCCCGUCUUGGACAGGACAGCCUAUGUGUUUGAUUUCUGCAACCAUAGUGAUUUCCAAAGCAGCCCAUACCUCUCGGUCCGAGGCAAUAUUGCCAACAUCUUCAGGGGCUCCACAGAAGAAGGGUACAGGGCCUAUCAUGCCGACAAGUAUGAAGAGGACAAAAACCCCAAUGGCAUCAUUAAUUUUGGCACCAGUGAGAACAAGCUAUGCUUUGAUCUGAUGUCCAAGCGGCUGACGCAAAGUGACAUGAACGUCAUAGAACCUCCACUGCUACAAUAUCCUGACUGGAAGGGCCAUAUGUUCUUGCGAGAGGAAGUGGCUCGGUUUUUGACCUAUUAUUGCAAGGCACCUGCACCUCUUAAAGCAGAAAAUGUGAUCAUACUGAAUGGUUGUGGCUCUCUGUUUUCUGCUUUGGCUACCGUUCUCUGUGAUCCAGGAGAAGCCUUCCUGAUUGCUACCCCUUUCUACGGAGGCAUCACCCAAAGUGUGUUUCUCUAUGGGAAUGUGAAGCUGGUCUAUGCCCAUUUGGACAGUCAGGUCACCGGCACCUGCAACCGUCCGUUCCAGCUCACUGUGGAAAAGCUAAAGAAGGCCUUGCAGGACGCCCAGUCAGAGGGUGUCAAAGUAAAGGCUUUAAUUCUCCUGAACCCCCACAAUCCCUUGGGGGACAUCUAUUCUCUCUCUGAGUUACAUGACUUCUUGGAAUUUGCAAAAAGGCAUGAGCUGCACGUGAUAGUAGAUGAGAUCUACAUGCUGUCAGUUUUUGAUGAUUCUGCCACAUUCCACAGUGUGCUUGAAAUGGACAGAUUUCCUGAUCCGCAGAGGACCCAUGUGAUGUGGGGAAUUACUAAGGAUUUUGCUGCUGCUGGGAUUCGCUUUGGGACACUGUACACGUUGAAUCAAGAUGUUGCCAAUGCUGUGGCUUCCUUGUGCUACUUCCACGGGGUCUGUGGGCCUGUCCAGUACAAAAUGGCCCAGCUACUCAGAGACAGAGACUGGAUUAACCAGGUGUUUUUACGGGCCAAUCAUGAAAGGCUGAAAGCUGCCCACACUUUUGUGACAGAUGAGCUCAAGACCCUUGGGGUUCCCUUCCUGAACCGCAAUGCAGGCUUCUUUGUAUGGAUUGAUUUCCGAAAGUACUUGCGAAGAGGAACAUUUGAAGAGGAAAUGCUGCUCUGGAGGCGCUUCCUGGACAACAAAGUCCUGCUCUCUUGUGGUAAAGCUUUUGAGUGCAGUGAGCCUGGCUGGUUCCGCAUCAUCUUUUCGGACAAGAUACAUCGGCUGCAGCUAGGCAUGCAGAGGGUCCGUGAGGUUCUAGAAGAACAUGAGCGUGGAAUCCUGAAUGAAGGUAAAGACCAGUCUUGGGAGUCUGACUCGGAAGGCAAAGCGGACAGUGCAGACGAAGUGAUAUUUGUGUCCCACCAUCAGGAGCCAGCCUCAGCUGGUGGCUCUAACCUUGGCGAUCUCAUUGGCCUCCUGCAGCAACAAAUGCGCUCGUCUGACUGGCUGCAGAAGAAUACGGUGGAACAGUUUGCCCAGGAGAAACCAGAGGUCUAUGAUGUUUUCCGCAAGUUGGUGGGGAAGCAGUAGAUGGUUUUGGUGCCUUUCCACAUUGAUUGCCGCUGGAAGUUCUUGCUGCUCAUCUUUGACUUACCUAAUGAUAUAUUUUCCAUAUAGCAGGAAGCCGUUUGUAAACCUCCUUCCUGUGGCCAUCUUCUCAUCAUUCUAUUAAACUGGGGCCAACUACAAAUGGGUGGCUUUUAUUCUGCCUCCA